AUGGACAAUUCCCCCCCGUUGUCGCCGCAAGCCCCUCCUCAGGACCUCUGGUCGUCCAUCCUCGAUUCCGUCUCCACAUCUCGCUCCAUACCCUCCAAACAAAUCCUCGUGCUAGGCCAGCCAUCCUCCGGCAAGUCUGCUCUCGUAUCCGCCUUACUCCAGAAGCCCGAUUCAGACGAAGGUAACGAGGAGAAGCGGUACGACUUCUCGCUGGGAUAUGACUGGGCGGACGUGCGGGACGACGCCGAUGAAGAUACCCUUGCACGGCUGUCGGUGUACACCGUGCCGUCCUCAGCACCCUCGUAUACCGCGUUACUCCCCCAUUUUCUACCGCCGCGCGUGUCGCUACCACAUACCCUUGUCGUAAUCGUGCUGGAUUGGACGCGUCCCUGGACCUUUGUUGAGGAGCUGCAAACAUGGCUAGAAUGGGUGGAAAGUUGGGUGAGGACGAGCGAUGCGCGGGAGCUUGAAAUUGUACGGGAAGAGAACCGUGAACGAUUGCAGGCACAUCUGCAACAUUAUACUGAACCAUCUGCCGAACCAAUACCCACUACUUCUACCAUGUCAAGUACUCUCCUGCCACUAGGGCCAGGCACAUUUACGCAUAAUACCGCUGGCGUGCCCAUCAUCGUAGCAUGCACAAAAGCAGAUCUAAUCGACGGGACCGACGACAUGAUCGGUGCCGGGACCUCCGGAAUGGGCGGAAUGGUAAAGGGCAAGGGAGAGGAAUGGGAAGAACGGACGGACGGCGUCAUGCAGGUCUUGCGGACCAUCUGUCUAAAAUAUGGCUCCGCGCUGUUCUACACCACGCCUCUACCUGCUACACUGCAGCUCCUCCGACAGUACGCCCUCCACCUACUCUUUAUGCCGCCCGCACCAGCACCCGGAUUCGCGUCGGCCACAGAUGCACCCGCACCCGUCCGGAACCGCUUCCCCUUCCAACAUAAACCAAACACGCUCGACCGCGACAAGAUCGUCGUACCAGCAGGGUGGGACAGCUGGGGAAAGAUCAGCGUGUUGCGCGACGGGUUCGACGCCAAAUCAUGGGGCGAGGCUUGGGAACACGACCUCGACCACGCGGAAGAUGACACCGGCGAAUCGGGCGCGAAGAAGAUGUACAGCAUGCUCGUGCCCGACCAGGGCGCCAAGCCCCCGCCAUUACCCCCCUUCAACAACCCCACGCCCGAGCAGGCAUUCCUCGCCAAGAACUACGACGAGAACUCGAAGAAGCCCGACCGCGACCCACGUGGCGCAUUCCGAAAUCCGAACGAGAGCGUCGCGGCGGGCAUCGUCGGGCCCAUGGGCAGCAGUAGCUUCAACCUGCCGAACGUCGAGCGCGCACUGACCGAGAUGGAGGGUGGAGUCGGCGGUGCUGGUGGCGGUACCGCCGCGCUCGGCAUGAGCGUGAGCGGGGAUGCCGCGCGGAAGCUUGGGGGGCGGGCGGCGGGGCGCCCGCCCUCGACACUCACUGUCCCGUCCGCCGGUGGCGCCGGGCGCUCGACUGUCCCGUCGCCAACGCUGUCGUCUGCGGGCUCACCGAGUCCCACGGGCGGGCAGACGCAACAUGAGGUACUGCAAAACUUCUUCCAGAGCUUGUUGAGCUCGAAGGACCGCACUGGCGCAGGUGCGAGUGCUGCAUCUGGGCGGGCGGCGUCGCCCAAGGCCAAUGGUAAUGCAACAGCAAGCUCGAACGCGGGUGCGAGUGAAAUGGAUGAAGGUAGUUGA